AGCUACACGUGCACCCCCUUUCAUUCUCUCUCAUGCCUUUGCUUCCAUGCAUGUAAUUCUCCACCUUACUACAAACAUAUUGUAGAUGUGGAUGUAGAGAGAGAUGUAUGUGCGUGUGUUGUGGGAGAAAAAUAGGGAAGAAAGAGUCUGGGUUCUGUUUCUAUUGCUUAAUCUUGAUAGGCUGUGGCUACUUCAAGCCCAUCAUUAGCGACCCAUCUGUUCAAAACUUUGAUUUUUUCCACAUUAAUUUCUUCUAAAUCUUGCAACAUUAAUAUAGGACUGGUGCUGUCAUUUAUAUGCCUUUUUCUUCUCUUUGUUGUGUGUGUGUGUGGAAAUUUCAUCGAUUUGGGAUUCCAAGAGUGUUGAUCCACUUCUCUUCUCUUUAAUUUUUGUGUUGUGGGUACUGUCACAUCUCACCACUGUGGUUUGAUCCUGUUUUUCUCACUAAAGGUAUAGUCUUUGUGAUCUAUGCCCAGCCAAUAAUUCCUGAUUUUGCCUUUUUUCAUGUUUGGGAGUUUGUUUUGCACUUUGAUGUUGCUAGAUCAGGGAAAUGUUGCAUUUUUGUAGAAAUCUAAGUCGAGUUUGAGGGUUGCUGAAUCUUGAUUGUGUGGUUUUUGGGGGAAUUUCUGUCUGUUUCUUGUUUAAGUAAUUGGAUUGGAGGUGUUUGAACUAGGAUGGAUGAGGAUCAAGAAUUGAGGUUUGUUUGUAGGUUUUGCUUCAAGAAAUACCCUUGUGGGAAGUCUCUAGGAGGCCAUAUGAGGUCAUGUGUAGUUGCAAAUUCUGCUGAAUCUGAUGAUAAACUACUUGAUCCCAACAUUAAGAAAUUCCCAUCAUUUGUAGUUGUUGGUGUUGGUGGUGGAGGUAGUGGUGGGAUUCAAAGCACAAUGAGUGAUCCAAGAAUUGUUGAUUUAGGAAAUGGGCAGUCUAGCUAUGGCCUAAGAGAGAAUCCUAGAAAGAGUUGGAGGGCUGUGGGUUCAAGCUCCCCUCUACCACAAGAGAAGUUUUGCAAGCAAUGUGGCAAAGGGUUUCAGUCAUCGAAGGCAUUGUGUGGGCACAUGGCUUGCCACUCUGACAAGGAUAGGGGCAUGAAAGAUGAUCAUUCUUGGACUAGUGAGAUCCAGAAACUAGUGAUGGAUAGCCAUUCGGAUAUGGAGGAUGAGGACCGGGCAAUCAAGACUAGGUCCUUGAAGAGCAAGAGGUUUAGGAAGAUCGUAGUGAACUCCCCCUUCCCCGAUGGCUCUUCGUCUGUCUCUGAGAUUGAUGGGGAGGAGCAGGAGGAAGUGGCCAUGUGUUUGAUGAUGUUGUCUAGGGAUAACGGGAGUAAAGGUGGGGUGAAUUCUCUAGUGGAGAGUUCUGAUAACAACUCUGUGAUCUUGGAGACUAAGUCUUCUUCCAUUGAUAUGAAGAGUGUGAGAAAAAAGUGUGAUGUUAUCAAGAAUGGUUAUGAUCAAGAUGAGAAGAAAGGUGGGGAUGCUGUUGUUAAGGCAGAGAAUUCUGACUCGGGGUAUUUCUUGGAUGAAUGUUCCAAGGCGGAGGAGUCUGAUGUGUCCAUGGAUGGAUUACGCAGGAGCAUUGGUGUGAAUGUGUAUGAGGAGUUUAGGCAGAGCUUGAACAGAAGCCGGAUCUAUAGAGCUGAGGUGAAGAAAGCACUGGCAAAGGAAAAUGAGUAUGAUCAUGAUCACGGUAGCAAUGGUAAUAGUAUAGCAGCUAAGAUCGAGCAAUCAAGAAAGAGGAGAUAUGCUGUUGAGAAUUCUGAUCUGUAUAAUGACUAUGAUGAACAUAGGAUCAAGACGGUCGACCCCCCUAGCGCUGAGAAGAGGCUGAAGUACGAGUGCUUCAACUGCAAGAAGACGUUCAAGUCCUACCAGGCUCUUGGGGGCCACAGGCCGUGCCACAAGAAGAGCAACGCAUUAUAUGAGUCAAGAUAUGAGAGUGGGGAGAAUAGCCUAGAUGAUGAGUUCGCGGCUAGAGGGAAGAUGGUGGAGUCCACUAGCAAUAGGAAGCCGGUGCCUGACAAGAAAAUGAAGGCUAAGAAGAGCAAAGGCCAUGUCUGCCCCUUCUGCAACAGGGUGUUCAAGAAUGGGCAGGCGUUGGGCGGCCACAAGAGGUCACAUUUCAUCGGUGGCCAUGAGGUGAACACGAACCCUAGCCCGGUCGCCAAGCUGGACUUGCUUGACCUCAAUCUGCCCGCUCCUCAGGAUGAUGAGGAUGAUGGGGACGACCAGUACUCGCCUUGGUAGGGGCGGAGAUGGAGAGAGCAACUCGAGUAUAUACAUUUAUAUCGGUGGACAGCAAACCACAUUAUGCUCCUUUCUUGCUUGCUUCAAUGGCAGUCAUAGUUUGAUGACUGUAAGCGGCUAGCCUCCUCGUAUAAAGAAAGAAGGAAAAAUGACAAAAGAGAAAGAAGAAAACCUUAUGCAUGUUCCAUGAAUAUGCACAAAUUUUGCAGACUUAAGAUUUUAUUUUUGUCUUCCAAUUUGAAGCAUCUACAUUAUUGUGUCUGAAAAUGAAAAAAAUUGUUGUUCUUUGUUAUAUAAUACUCCAUAUAAGAGAAGCAGCUCUGUUUCUUCCAA